AGUAAAAUAAUUCAUUCUUUGCUACGUCAGAGAAAUAAUGCGAUCUAUCCCUAUUGUAAAAAUAUUCUUCUGAAUAAAACGGUGUGGUUGAGUAAUUUGUUUUGCAGAACAUUUAAUGCAGGCUGUAUUAUGUUCUUUCGGAUAUUUAUUGACUAAUGCAUAAAAUACAAAUAAUCCGUUGAAGUUCCAGCAUAACGUUUAAAUUAUAUUAAAUAAAUCAGUUCUGAAGCUCCAUUUCAAUGUCUGGAAUGAAGUGUAUCAUCAGGAUUGCGGUGCUGCCCCUGCUUCUAGCCUCAGGGACGCUCGUAAAGGAUUCAUCAACUCCUUCAACGGUGGAAGGAGACUGCAGAGAUCAACCGGGGUUUAACUGCAGCGUUGUAGUCGACGCUAAAGACGCUCAAGCGCCCGGCCACCAAAGUAUUCUGAACGCAGGCGAAUGUUGCGUGUGCGAGGCUCCCUCUGAACAGCCGCAACUUUCCGAAGAGUUCCAGCGGCUUGCCGACGACUUCUGGCAAUGGUUGCUUCAGGAUCAGCCGGAGUUUGCAACGACGGUGGGCUUCCAUGACUUCGACCACCGCCUCACGAACAUGUCCCUAGCAGCGUACGACAAGAGACUGGCGGACGUGGAACAGUUCCUAGCCAGGGCCGAGACGCUAGAGGCCAACCUCACGCGUCAUCAAGACCUCGUCAACAUGCGGGUCCUCAAGUACACUUUGCAAACUUACAUUGAUGGCGCUUCGUACCAGGGCUACUUGAUGACAAUCAGCAAUCUUGGCAAUCCCAAGUCUGAUCUGCGAUCUCUGCUCACCAAAAUGCCGCGCCUCACCUACGCGCACUACAUGUCUAUCCUGCAGCGGCUCCAUGCGCUGCCUGAACAGAUGGCGCAAAUAGAAGAGCUCAUGGCUCUCGGUGUCGAAAAGAACAUCACGCUGCACGAAUAUAACGUGAACAGACUGGAUCAGGAGUUGGCUGAAUUUAUUUCGGAUGUCCCUCGAGAAUCUCCGAUAUUUGCUGAAUUUUUCAAAAAGUUCCCUGAAACUUUUUUGCCAAGCGAAGUGGCUUCUCUUCAACAACAGGCGGAGGCGGUCAUUAGAGAUAAGGUAACUCCAGCAUUCAUCAAGCUGAAAAAUUUCAUGUCCACUAAGUACGUCCCUCGUAAGAACAUUGCCAUCGCAUCGCUGCCAAACGGUGACAAACUUUACGCGCAAGUCAUCCAGUUCUACACGGGCCAGAACCUGUCGGCGCAGGAAAUCCACGAGACCGGACUGAAGGAGGUCCAGAGGAUAGCAGCCCUCAUGCAACAGUUGCAGGUGGUGUACGACCUGGGCUACAACCAGACACUGCGGGAGUUUGUGUCGCAGCUGCAGGACGACCCAACCCAGCAGUUCUCCAGCGUAGAGGAGCUGCUCGCUGCCCACAGACAUGUUGUCCACAACAUCACUAUACCAGCAGCAAAGCCGUUCUUCAACAAAAUGCCCGCAGCGCAACUGAAGGUGGAAGAACAGCCAGAUGCCGGAGGAGCGUUUUACGAUGCUGGAACUCCUGAUGGCACUCGACCAGGCACGUUCAAGAUUGGCACACGAAUAUUAUCUUCGCACACGAAAUUACCUAUCGUUUCUUUAUCCCUCCACGAAGGAGUUCCGGGACACCAUUUACAGAUUUCUCAUGCACUCGAGUCCAGCUUUAUUCCAAAGUUCAGACGGACCACUUUUUCAUCUUCCUAUACGCAAAUGCCCUCCAGCUUUCCAACACUUUCAUUCUACGGUGAAGGCUGGGCGUUGUACGCAGAAAGCCUGGGCUUCGAAAUGGGUGUCUACGAAAAUCUGCGAGACCGACUCGGCCAUUACUCCGACGAAAUCUUCCGAGCGUGUCGGCUUGUCGUCGACACCGGCAUUCACGCUUUCGGCUGGUCAAAGGAGCAAGCAAUUCAGUACAUGUUAGACUAUACCAUACGGCCCAGGUCCUUUAUUGAGGAUCAAGUUGACCGCUACAUCGCAUGGCCGGCUCAAGCCUUGUCUUACAAGAUCGGCCAAAUGCAGAUAUCUUCUUUCCGGGCCUCUGCAGAACAGCAACUCGGAGACCAGUUCAACCUCAAAGACUUUCAUGACGUCAUCCUCAACAGCGUCGGACCAAUGGACCUUGUCAAGGAAGAAGUACAAGCCUGGGUCGACAGAGAGCUUGCGAAAUCACAUUAAACUACGAAGAAAAAAGGGCGAGCGCAGAGUUUACUAUUGACAAAUCGCGUUUUAAGGUCAUCGUUUUCAGUCAAAAUUACUUGAAACGAAUAUUGUAUUACUUGCUCUCAUGAUUUAAGAAUUUUAAGCCAAUGCAAUAAAUUGUUUAUUGCUGUGUGAAGAAUUAUUUUGCACAAGGUACUUUAUGCAUGGAAUUUUUCGCACGUGCAUUGCAUGUAAAGCUGACCGGCAAAAAUCGUGUCAUGCCGCCAGCGACAAACAUUCCUUCACUUACUGGGAUAUGUACUCGGGUGCACAUGUAACGGCAGAUGCAUUCAUGAUGAACGAUAUCGUUGUAGUUUUUUCGUCACAAUGGAUAGCAUGACAUUUAAGGUAUGCUACUAUUCACCUCACAUCAGCACACUUUGAACAUGCGCAGCAUUAAAAUGUGCGUUUGUGUGCGCUUAACAUUUUCUUAGAACAGCAGAGGUUUCAUACUUCAGUACGAAUUUUAUUCACGUUCAUGAUUUAUUUAAAAAUAUUACAACCCUGCUGGUGAACGAAAUAUAUUUUCAUUCAAAUACGGGCUUGAGUCUCUGGCUCAUUAAUGAUUUGAUCUUUGUUAACUUCCAGCGUUUACAGAAAAUCCAUUUAAGACUGUUAAAUCGAAAGCUAAAGCUGAUGGUGCAGCUUCAAUGACAAAGAAAAUAUAGAAUCAGGGCCCUCGGCUUCUAAAAACCACCAGCUUAUAACGGUAGAUUUGAUGCAGCAUGCACAUUCCUGAAAUAAAACAUACAGAGAGCUUCUGUGGCUGGCGUGGCGAUGCCCGGUGCUGUGAAUCAUGAUGGAGUUAUUUUUUUUUGUACUCCCUCUACUUCUUUCGAAUGACUGGCUUAAAGAUAGUGUUUUUAACGGUUAAGCGAAGCAAUUGCCGUGGAGCAUGCUUCACUGAGCAGGCGCUAUGAUGUCCACCGGAGUAGGAUUAUCAACCAUAUUUAUAAAUCAACAGUUACUCAAUAAGUAGUUACAAAAUUAGUUAAAAAU